AUGCGAAAAACAAUAAAAAUAGGAGCAAGUGUUAUCCUGUUGAUUGUGGCUGCCGGGUUAGGUGUACUAAUAUGGUGGUUGGUGACUCGUGGCGAUGGAGAUGAACCUUACACAGUUAUCCAAUUAGAGGGUCCAGGAUAUGGUAGUUCACCAUACAGCGCAGCGUACACAAGAAUAAACAAUGUAGGAGAAGUCUUUUGGUGGUUUUACCCUUCAUUAGCGUUCGCACCUCUGACUCGUCCAUUAGUAGUGUGGCUAGAUGGAGUGACGGGUGUCCCACCUAGUCUUUUAGCCAACCUGGGAAUGAUUGGGCCUCAUGAUAUUAAUCUUCAAACAAGGACCAACUCUUGGGUUAACUCAUGUAGCUUACUGUUCAUAGAUGCGCCGGUGGGUACUGGAUUUAGUACUCCAUUAGAUAACAGUACCAUUCCUAAGACUGUAGAUGAAAACGUUGAACAUUUGCUUACUGUCUUGGAAUCCUUUUAUUCUGUAAACGUUGCUUAUAGAGGCGCACCAUUAUAUAUUUUUGGCCAAGCGGAUGGAGCGAAAUCGGCUGCCGCACUUGCCAUUAAACUCAAUGAGCUCAAACAGGCGAGAACUGAAUCUGAUAUUGAACCGAUCAACAUUCAAGGUAUUGCAAUAGGCAAUGGUAUAAUUUCUCCAGCUACAGUUAUGCAGAGACUAGGAUUUUAUCUUGAUGAGCUCGGUUACCUAAACGAUAAUGGCCGAAGCGCCAUAGAAGCUUUAGCUCAAGAAACAAACACGCUUGUCAAUAGUGGAAACUUUGAAGAAGCUUUCGAUAACUUCCUUUCACUGGGCACGUUCGUUAAUGAAAAUGCAGGUGCUGUUGCUGUCGACCUCAAAUACAUUGUUGAUAAGCUUACACGAGAGUCUUUACAGAACACAGACUUAUUCGGCCAAAGAAGUUACAUUGAUAGAAUAUUCAUUAAAAAUUCUUUCGACUACAUGAAUAGUGUAGUAGCACAAGCUUUAGGUAUAACUUCAUCUGUAAGCUAUGAUGCAAACCGAGAUGCUGUGAUCGAAGCCGCCAGAAGUUCCUUCAUGAAACCAUUUACUAACCAAAUUGAAUACAUCCUUCAGAACACGACUCUCCACAUUACAAUCUAUAAUGGUAACUUAGACGCAGUUUCAAACACACCAGGACAAUUAGAUUGGGUUGAGAAUCUUCAGUGGAAUGGGCAAAAUGAAUUCAGAAAUAGUGAUAGAAAUACAUUAGUUGUAGAAAGAUUAAUAGAAGGUUAUUUCCGGGCAACGCCGAGACUGAAAUUCUUUUGGGUAAAUGCUGCUGGACAAUCGGCACCACUUGAUAAUCCCGCGGCAAUGCUAAGAUUUUUACCAAUGAUGAUCGGAAUAGAAUAA